ACUGAGCCUUCAAACCAGAGACCCGAACAGGACACAGGCUUUCCAGCUAAAGGAGCUCACGCGCCAAUGGCAGCUCCAGUGCCCAGCACGCGUGUCAGCGAACCCAGGACCCGCCACGGGCCUGGAAACCAGGACCUCGGAGAGUCACAACUGAGACUAGUCUUAGUGGGUAAGACUGGAGCCGGAAAAAGUGCCACAGGGAACAGCAUCCUCGGGAAGAACGUGUUUUGUUCCAGCAUCACUGCAAAAUCCGUCACCAAGGUCUGUGAGAAAGGGAGCAGCACGUGGAACGGGAGAGAAAUCGUGGUCGUGGACACGCCAGGCCUUUUCGACACCGAGGUGCCGGAUGCUGACACGCAAAAGGAGAUCGCUCGCUGCAUCCUCCUGACGUCCCCCGGGCCUCACGCUCUGCUCCUGGUGGUCCCGGUGGCCCGGUACACAAAGGAAGAGCAACAGGCUGCAGAGAAGGUGCUGAGGAUGUUUGGUCCCACAGCGAGGAGACACAUGAUUCUCCUCUUCACGCGGAAGGAUGACCUGGGCAGCGAGGAGUUCUGUGAUUUCUUAGACGGGGCUCCAGAAUUCAUUCAAGACCUGAUGCAGCAGUUCAGGGGUCGUCACUGUGCGUUCAACAACAAGGCGACAGGGGCCGAGCAGGAGGCCCAGAGGGCUCAGCUGCUGGACCUGGUCCAGCGCCUGGCGAGGGAGAACGAGGGAGGGUUCUACACCAACGAGAUGUACCGGAGGGCAGAGGAGGAGAUUCAGAAACAGGUCCAAGUGAUACAAAAGCAAAUCAGAGCUGAGCUGGAGAGGGAGAAGAGGCAGAUAAGAGAGCAGUAUGAGGAGAAAAUCAGAAACCUGGAGGACCGUCUGGAGCGGGAAAGGAGGAGGGCAGAGAUGGAGAGGGAGCUGGCAGUCAGGGAGAGUCACUGUCUUUCAAGGCAGCAAAACGCCAGGGAAAAAGUUGAGAGUCAGAAUGAGAUACUCGACAUCAUCUUAGGAGUAUUGAAGGUUUCUGGCUUCGUUCUUGCUUGCGUGUUCUAAUUCCUAGAAAAGUCAUGAAAGUCUGUCCCUGUUUCCUGCAUAUUUCCAGGUUCCUCUUCCCCGUAACUCAUGCCCCAGAGUCCAAGCUCUCUCUUUCUGUCCCUCAGGCUCUCAGGACUGGGGAGGCUGGGGAAGUUCGCUGUUGGCAAUCGGUGGGCAUGUGACUGAUGUCACAGGGAGGGACGCAUGCCCAACCUGUCAAACUCCAUAGCAGAAUGUAUAGAUGCUCCCUGGGAGCCGCUCCCUGGGCGGCUCUGCUCACCCCCAGGAACCCUUUCUCCUCCAGAUGCUUCCCAGACUGGCAGGUAGUCUCCGUCUGCGGCUUCUCCUCCUGAUUUUUGCCUUCUUGACCUUGAGAAUUACCUUACCCUGGUAGUUAGUGAAAUCAGAUUCUUUGCAUUAAGUAAUCUAUGGGCAGAGGUGCUUUUAGAAUUCUUUCUUGAUGAACGUGAAUUUGUUGAAUUACGUUUUCCGGAAGGUCUCACGUUGUUCCCUCUCACCGGCCCACUGAAGAACAAAGAGCUGUCCAAAAAAAAGACCUCUGAGAGCUCAGCGAAGUGAAAUGGCAGAAAGGGGGAGAGACACAGAUUCCCCAGGCAAGAGAGCGUCGUUCGGAAUCGUCUGAUGUGUCUGUAGAAGCGCCGUGACCAGCCUCCACGUGAGCUCGUUCCUGAGUGACUAGGUCUCUCCUUUUCUUGGGCAGCUCGCUGUUGCCACCGCACCUCCAUCAGCCCGCACUUUGAUGACUCCCUGUGGGCGGGUGGUCCGCACGCCCCAUCCCGCCCCCUUGAAUUGUUUGUUCACUUUUACCAUAAUAAA